AUGAUGAGGAGGCUAAGUAUUAUAAAAAACUGUCGUGGCUUUGGCACCAAGCUGUUGCAGCACAAUGCUGCACCUGUCGCACGAAGGUCGGUUCGCUCACCUGCCCUUCACUCCUAUAUAUUUGUACCUACGAUAGUCAAUUGCUCUAGGUCGUUUGCCGUUGGAUCCACCGACGGACAUGGAAUCCCAAAGGAAAUUUUACAGCUUUCGGCUGAGAGGUAUCAGAAAGAGUCAGACACACUCCUCGAAGCUCUGCUUGACAAGCUAGAAGCACUCAGCGACCGGUACCCAGAUAAAAUCCCCGAUGUCGAGUACUCUCAAGGCGUGAUGACACUGGAGGUUGACGAGGUCGGAACCUAUGUCAUUAACAAACAGCCACCGAACAAGCAGAUAUGGCUCUCGUCGCCUGUCUCAGGGCCAAACAGAUUCGAUCUCUACCAAGAUCAGUGGGUCUCUCUCAGGGACGACACCAAGCUUCUCGAGAUUCUAACACAUGAGAUGAACGACGCAAUACCACAAGAACAGGGCAGUAUCUCACUGUGA